AUGGCCCCGGACAAGCCACCUGCCACUGUUGGGACGAAGCUCAAAGACUCCUGCGACGCAUGUUCGGCCUUCAAGGUUAGAUGCACCAAGGAGAAACCGAUCUGCAGCCGAUGCUGUAAGAUGAAACGGUCGUGUCGCUACAGUCCAGCCCGACGUGCCGGCCGGCCACAUAGAUCAAACAGUUCCUUUACACCCAAGAUUGGAAGCAGAGCCAGCAUCAUGUCCGCCGCCCCAGAGCUGGGUGGCGGCGGUGCAAAUGGGAUCCUCCAGGUCUCCAUGGCGAUCAGCCAGCAACAGCAACAAGCUCUUGUUGGGACGGACGGAGCCCACGAGAACAGCAGGACGGCAACAACAGCAGCAGCGGCCAGUCGCAGAAGCGUCUAUCCCUCGCUGACGUUGGGCUCUUCCACCAGCAGUGGGGAUGGAUGGGCAGGCCUGCAGCCGCCGCUCACACCGUGGCCGGAGGGCGUCAUGGAACUAUCCAUGCCCAGGCCGUUGCCUGCCAGCAGCUCCUCCUCCUCCUCGUGUCCCUCCUCCGCAGUCGCAGUCCACACCUCUGCAAUGACGCCCAGUCCCUCCUCGUGUUGCUCAGCCUCUCCCUCAGGGACCGACCCUGCGGCCAUGUGUGGUACCUCGGCCGCCGCUACCGGCAGAACCCUUGCGGGAGGUGUGUGUUGCGCCUCGGACUGCGUCGACUGCUCUACCAUCGCCCUCAAUGUCCUCGAGAGCCUCACCGCCGCACGCCCCUUCUCCCCCGCGUCGCCAGUCACGACCGCCCAGGGCAUCUCCGUCGCCGACUCCAUCAAGGUCGUCGGCCAGAUCCUCAUCUGCCCCUGCUCCCAGCGCCAUGAGGUGGCCAUGCUGGCGGCGUCGGUAUGCAGCACGCUGCUGGACAUACUGGAGCACGGCCUCGGCCACCUGACCUGUGCGUCUCAGCUCGCGCAGGUGACGCAGCAGCUGCAGGACAUGGCCAGUCUCGUCGGCCAAUUCUCUGGGAGGUAUGCAGAUGGCGUGAGGGAGCAGGCUGAGGCGCUGGUGGCGUCUGCAUUGAAGCUGAGAUUGCGCGGGUUGAUCAAUACGGUGUCGGGCGCCAUGCCGAGGACAGGUGAUUCGCUGGGGCUUGCCUCCCGAUAA